AUGAUCUCGUCAAGUUAUGUAAUCACCACGACAGAGUUUACUGGUCAUCCGCCAGAUUUUGGAAUUGUAAAAUCAAAUCGUCAAUUCCUUGUCAAUCAUGGUGCGUAUACCUUGAAUAUCAAGGCUCUUCCUGGCAAUCUUGAAUUUCAAAGCAAUAAGAUCAGAGUUGGGAACCAAGUUUGUUUUAAUUGUCAGGGUGGACAUACACGUACAGUUGAAGCUGUAGGUUCAACCAUGGUGUGGUCUUACUUGCUUGUUAUGAUGUUAUGUGUUUUGGCAAGAAAAUACAAUGAAGCAGCUACCCCCACCUUUAUUCCGUACAAGACGUUUUCAACAGCAACUUUACUAAGACUGUCGUUUAGAUUUUCUCUUAGUAAAUUGACAGCUGACUGGUCUGGGAUGUUUUACACAUUCUGCAUCCCAAUACCAUCCAAUUUCAAGACGCAUGUGGUGGAAUCAGCUAUGAAAGAAAUAUUACGUGUAAACGAUAAAGCACAACCAGAAAACAUAUAUUUUGGCGAUGAAAAAUACACAAAGGAUCGAGUUGCUUCCCACAAUGCAAUGUUGUUAUCUCGAAAAAGCAGAAGAAAAAGAGCUCUUGUGAAAUAUCCAGGAUGGCGAUGGCCAAAUGGGAUUGUUCCGUAUGUCAUAAGCAAUGACUUUAGUCAAACGACAAAAGAUAUUAUAAAGAAAUCAAUGCAGGAUAUCGAAACUGUUGCAUCUUGUAUACACUUUGUUGAGCACAGUGAAGGUUUUCAACCAAUUGAUCACGUGUAUAUAUAUUCUGGACGGGGAUGCUCGUCUUACAUUGGUAGAACAACAGGGCGCCAAGAAAUCUCCUUACAAAACCCUGGGUGCACUGGUAGUACAGCUAUACCAACCCAUGAGUUGCUGCAUGCCCUGGGUUUCUUUCAUGAGCAAGCAAGAGAAGACAGAGACCAACAUGUGCGGAUCAACUGGGAAAACAUUCGAACUGGUUUCAAAAGUAAUUUUGAGAAAGAAUCUGAAUUUACUAUACAUGAUGGGCUGGGUGUACCCUAUGAUGUUAAAUCGAUUAUGCAUUAUCCAAGAUACGCAUUCUCUACAGGAGGUCCGACCAUUGAAUCUAUUGCAAACCCAGAUGAAGAGUUAGGUGGGAGUGUUCUCACAUACUCUGAUAUAAAACAGUUAAACCUUUACUAUCAAUGUAAGCAAGUUCAAUCAACGGUUGCUUCAAAAAAAUCAACGUCUUUAACUAAAUCGGCGAAAGCUACAACUGAUCCAACGACAAUUACAACGGAUCCAAGGACAACUACAACGGAACCAACGACAAUUACAACGGAUCCAAGGACAACUACAACGGAACCAACGACAAUUACAACGGAUCCAAGGACAACUACAACGGAACCAACGACAAUUACAACGGAUCCAAGGACAACUACAACGGAACCAACGACAAUUACAACGGAUCCAAGGACAACUACAACGGAACCAACGACAAUUACAACGGAUCCAAGGCCAACUACAACAGAACCAACGACAACUACAACCGAAUCAACAAAAACUACAACAGAAUCAACAACAACUACAACAGAACCAACGACAACUACAAUAGAACCAACGAAAACUACAACCGAAUCAACGACAAUCAAACCAACGAGAACUGCAACGAAAACAACGACAACUACAACAGAACCAACGACAACUACAACCGAAUCAACGACAACCAAACCAACAAGCACUACAACUGAAUCAACGACAACUACAACAGAGCCGUCGACAACUAUAAACAAAUCAACGACGCUAAUAAUAACAGCUGUUGCAACGACUAUUAAAACAACGACACCUGUACCACCAUUGACGACUACCUGUGAAGAUAAAAUGAAUUGGUGUUCUCCGAUUCUAAAAGAGAUGUACUGUAGCAUCGAAACAUAUUCAACAGCUUGUCCAAAAUCUUGUGGCUGUAAAUAAUAUAUAGCACAUGGAUAGGAAUUAUACUUUAAAAAGAAACUCAUAUAGGAUUAUAUAAACCAAGAAUGAAAUUGGGAUUAAUUUCUAAUUUUUUUUUGUUUUUUUUUUUGCAACUUAACUGUUCCUCAUAUUCACCUGAUUAAAACCAGAGGGCUCGGUUGCUAAUUUUAGUUACAUAUUUAUAUCAACCCGUUUUAUUGGUAAAAGACAAAAAUAAACAGAGUCUUUAAGUAAUGUAUCUAUAUCCAGAAUAAUUUUUACUCGUCCAAUGAUUUUUGAUUGGUAUAUUUUGCCGAACAAAUUCUUCAAAAACAGUGUAAUGAUUAGCUGUUUAAGCUCUCUGAUAGAAACGAAGCAAUGGACAAAGUUUGAAGUAACAUAAAAUUAUAUCUUGGCUGUUGAAACUUAAAUCUCGAAAACUCUAGUAGCUAGGAAUGAUUUCACUCGUGGUACUUCACCUUGUCAUCAAUGAUAUUCGUGGCCAAAAUCGAGG